AUGAGAGUAUCGACGAAGAAAAAUGAAGAGGACAUCCGUCGUGAGCUUUUCGGACCUUUGCAAGUCUCUUCAACGAGUCUUUACAACCCAGGUCGGUUGGACCUAAAAGGAAAUCUCUCAUUUUGACUCUUUCAGGCCUGCCGGACUCACCUGGCUGGUGCGAGCUCUCGGAGCUGCGGCUUAUGAUGCUCAUCAUCAAGUACAAGCCAGCCGGAGCUGCCCGCCACUUCAACGUUAUGGCGAUCGUCGACUUCAUGUCGCACAUCUACGACACGGAGCCCGCCGAGGUCGAGAUGUUCCUCAACGACGAGGAUAGGAUAAGCUUUCGCCGACAGCAACGAGCCGUUCAGAAGGAAUCGGCAAGGAAGGAGAAGACGAUCCGAAGGGUGAUCUACUCGCCCAAGUACACGAUCCGACCAACGGCCAAGCAGGUCCGAGAUAAAGUCGCCGAGCUCUACGACAUGCGCGUCGUUGAGCGCAACGAGAGCCUUCCUGAUGGGUUCGACACUCUCGUCGACUUCUUCCUACCCUUUGGCGACUAUUCGGAGAUGAUCCGAAAUAAGGAGGACUCCAACACGGCACCUGCAACUAAACGCCGACGAGUUGCUACUCCUGAUGUUUAG